AUGGACAAUGUGGAGUAUACGUAUGACCCGGUAGAGUCGCCUCUGACGGCUGGGACGGAUGUCUAUGGGGCGUCGGCGAGUAGCGUCCCGGAGGGGAGUGGGAACGAGGCGGAGAACUAUUUUGUGGGGGUGCGAGAGGGCGAGACGGAGGUGGAGGAUGAGCGGAGAAGGGGGAAGCGGAGGUCCAGCGGGGAGGUCAGCAAUGUGACACCCCCAAUUCCGGUACGAUCCACAGCUCGCAGGUCGUUUGCGAAUGCUCUACCUACACCCGCGCCUCGAGGCGGCUUGCUGCCUGCCCAUCUCGGCUUUCGGAGGUUCGGUCUCUACCUGACCAGGUCGAGAUGCGAAGACGGCCUGGUCCUUUGCGCUGUCUCGCUCGGAGCGUGGGCUCUGGCGUACAAGUGGGAAGAACGAGCUAUAGCUGGAGAAAUCUGCCUCCUCAUGGGCUUCUCGGUCUUUUACAAGGUCCAGCGGGCGCGCAGGUCACUACCUUCCCUGGGACCUAUCACCUCCUCACCCGGUCUUUCCUCUCAUCUGCAACCCAAUGGCUACGCUAGGGACAGGUCGCCAAGAGUGGCGUCUUUGGUCCUGCACGAGCAUGGCACCAUCACUCCCACUAGCGGCAAGCGCUCGCCAACCCUACCUACACUCCCAGAAGAAGAGCCCUCCUCGUCAAACCGCGGCUGCGUCUGGGGCACAGAUGAGCGACAGUACAGGGAAUGCCUAGACGACGGCGUCCUUUUCGCCCUCCUCCUCGCACCCCUCAUCGCUUCUGGCCUCCUCCACGACGCCAUGCAGCGUCUCUCCUCAGCAACGCUUCGUCCUCGAGCAUGGCGCAUCGAGGACCCUCUCGUCCUCUCCACCACCCCUAUCCGUAACCUCGGCGGCAUCGUGCCAGAAAACACCGAGACCGUCCGAGCCCUCUCGGCUCUGGCUAUAUCCCGGCGGAACCUCGUCCAGCUCUUUACGCUCUGCUCCUUCGUCCUUCUCGUUCAGCUCACCCGGUCGCUCAUACUCGGUAAUCGCCUGAGCAUGACCGCCCCACCCCCAUCGUCGACCGGAAUGGAGCGGGAAUUGAGCGAUAGCGCCAAGUCUGGCCGAGGGCUCGGGGCGUAUUGGCUCAAGCGCGGAGAAUGGCGGCGGACCCGAAGCGUCGUGCUGUUUGCGUUUAUUGUCACCGCUGGCUGUAUCGUCGUCAAGAUUGCUACGGCGUAUAUCGGUCGAGGGGUGUGGAGUGACAUGUCUCCGUCCGAUAUCAUCAUCGCGACCCUCUUCUACCAGUUUAGUCUGUACGUCUGCAUUCGGCUGGCCCGGCGUGGCUUCACCCUCGGCGAGCUGGCUAUUGUGUGCAACGCGGCUACCGCGCUUACUAUGGAGACUGUCAAUCUGACUCGAAUGAAGAUUGCCUUGAUUCGCACGCCCUACAUCAAAACCUACCGCCUUCCUACUCCCCUCUUGACGUUCCAGCUCGCCCUCAUCCCUGGCUCUCUCCUCACUGGUUUCCUCCUCUCCCCUCUCCUCUACCUCUCCCGCCAUCUCGCCCAGAGACCCGCACAUCGCCUGCGCUUCCCGGACGAAAAGGCAAAACACCGCCGUCUCCUCGCUAUCGGCUUCUAUGCCGGCUCUCUCAUCAUUUGCGGUGGUCUCGUCGGGACCUGGACACGGUGGUGUCUGAACUGGCGAGACCCGGUCUUAUGGGUGAUAUGGUGGAUGAUGGAUGGGAACAGGUGGUGGACGCGGCCAGCGCUCAUCGGGUACUGGGCGGCUCUGGCGAUGAUAUCGGUGGCGGGAUGGAGCCGGCAGCUGAACAGGGCGAGGCGGCACAGGCGAUACGUCGUCCCUGACACCAAGGAGUCUGGGGCCAUCCCGCCGGGAAACGAAGCGGGCAGGCUUAGCGGUGUCGCCACUCAGAUGAUGGACGCAGCGGACCAGCGCCUUCCGACGCUCAGCGUCAACUCGAGGCGGAAGUUCUUCCAUGCCUUGGCGGUCGUCAUGUUUGUCCCUGGAAUAGCUAUCGACCCUGCAUUCACCCACCUCGCCUUCUCGGUCGCUUUCGCUGCAUUCAAUUUUGCCGAGUUUGUCCGGUACUUUGCACUCUGGCCGUUUGGCGUGUCGGUUCAUCUCUUCCUGAACGAGUUUCUCGACGCCAAGGACUCGGGUACGGCGAUUCUGAGCCACUUCUAUCUCUUGGCGGGAUGUGCAAGUCCGCUCUGGCUGGAGGGGAGCGAGGUGUUGACAUUCUUUGGGGUUUUGGUCUUGGGUGUGGGGGAUGCUCUGGCCUCUAUCGUCGGCAAGAGAUGCGGCCGGGUCAGAUGGUCUUCCUCCAGCGGCAAAACCGUGGAGGGGAGUAUAGCGUUUCUGGGAUCGGUGCUGGUAUCGACUAUGUUUCUUUGGGCUUUUGGGGCAGUAAAGUCAUUCAAUCCCGUGCCAUACGUUGUGGCUACGACGCUGACGGCGCUGUUGGAGGCGGUCUCGGCGCAGAACGACAAUCUGAUCUUGCCGAUGUACGGCUGGGCAGUGGGGACAUUACUCGGUUAG